AUGAACGGCAGCGUGGCGGGCGGCUUUUCGGAGGAGCUCAUCAGCCUCACUCGCAGACCUUCAGGGCUGGGCUUCAACAUCGUUGGUGGGACAGAUCGGCAGUACAUUCCCAACGACAACAGCAUCUAUGUCAGCUGGAUCAAAAAGGAUGGGCCAGCUUACCUUGAUGGCCGCUUACGAGAAGGAGAUAAAAUUUUAGCGGUCAAUGGCAAAGAGUUGAAGGAUUUGCGGCACAAGGAUGCUGUGGAACUGUUCAGGAAUGCAGGCCAUGACGUGUGCCUCAAAAUUCAGCACAGGUUGCAGACACAAAAUGGCCCUGUGGGUCAUCGAAGUGAUGAUGGAGAAUCAGGUGGGCUUCGCCUAGCAGCCAUUCUUGUGCCAGGCCUGGCGCUUGCUGCAGCAGCAGUCUGGAUCUUGCUGAGGCAUCGGCAGCGGAUGUGAAGAGUUCACAUUUUGGAUAUCACUGCGUAUUUUACACAGCUAUGAUGUAAUUUAAAGAUAGAGAAUCAACAAUCUUACCACAGACUGAUGACAAAAAGGAUCAUUGCCUAUCAUAAAGCUGCUGCUGAUGUUCUUUAUUGAUUUUGUUGCAGGGUGGAUUUUUGAAGCAGAGAGGAAAAGUGGA